CGUUUGUUUUGCCCCAACAAGAAGUGCUCCCAGCUGCUGAUCGCCGACGACAAGCGGGCCAACACCGCUAUGGAGUGCCCCUACUGCACCGAGCAGCUCUGCGCCAACUGCGGGGUGGCGUGGCACCAGGGGAUGACCUGCCAGCAAUACCAGGUUGGCAGGGACGCCGCGGGACAGCGGGACGACCAGGCUGUGCUCGAUUUGGCGGAGCAGGAGGGGCUGCGCCGCUGCCCUGGCUGCGGCCAAAUGGUGGAGAGGACACAGGGGUGCUCCCACAUGCACUGCCGCUGUGGCGCCGUCUUCUGCUAUAGCUGCGGUAAGAGCAAGAAGAGGGGUUCCGGCCACUACUGC